AUGUUGCAUCCUAUCAGGGUCUGCCAGAGAGUGGGCUGGCUGUUAGACCACCAAACAGAGGACAAGCCAGGAAAUCUCCACCGAACCAGCAGUGUUCCUGAGUAUGUCUACAACUUACACUUGGUUGAGAAUGAUUUUGUUGGUGGACGUUCCUCUGUUCCUAAAUCCUAUGACAUGCUAAAGGCUGGCACAACUGCCACUUACGAAAGUCGCUGGGGGAGAGGAACAGCACACUACAGUUCACAGAAGUCAGUGGAAGAAAGAUCCUUGAGGCAGCCUCUGAGGAGACUCGAGAUUUCUCCAGACAGCAGCCCCGAGAGGGCUCAUUAUGCCCACAGCGAAUACCAGUACAGCCAGAGAAGCCAGGCUGGGCCCACCCUGCGGCACCAAGAAAGCAGGCGGGCCACCCUCCUCAUGCCACCGAGAUAUGCUCGCUCAGAAAUCGUGGGGCUGAGCCACGGUGUGGCUGCAAGCAGGCAGCGCCACUAUGACACUUACCACAGACGGUACCAGUAUGAGUCUGUUAAUGAUAGUGUCUUUGACGGCGUCCCUGCCAACCCACCUGUGCUCACGUACCCCAGGCCAGGGACCAGUCACAGCAUGGGCAACCUCCUGGAGAAAGAGAACUACCUGACUACAGGGCCUGCCGCCGGGCAGGUCAGGCCGCUGGUGCCCCUGCAGCCUGUCACCCAGAACAGGGCUUCCCGGUCCUCCUGGCAUCAGAGCUCCUUCCACAGCACCCGUACCCUGAGGGAAGGCGGGCCCAGUGUCGUGGAUUCCAGCGGGAGGAGAACACAUAUGACCAUUGGCCAGGUGGCAGCAGGGGCAAGCGGGAAUAUGCUGUCGGAGAGAAGCACUUUCACCGACUCCCAGCUCGGGAAUGCAGACAUGGAGAUGACCCUGGAGCGAGCCGUGAGUCUGCUGGAUGCCGACCACACGCCGCCGUCCCGGAUUUCCGCAGCAGCGACUUUCAUACAGCACGAGUGCUUCCAGAAGUCUGAAGCUCGGAAAAGGGUUAAUCAGCUCCGUGGCAUCCCCAAGCUUCUGCAGCUCCUAAAAGUUCAGAAUGAAGAUAUUCAGCGAGCCGUGUGUGGGGCCUUGAGAAAUUUGGUAUUUGAAGACAAUGACAACAAAUUGGAGGUUGCUGAACUAAAUGGGGUACCUCGGCUGCUCCAGGUGCUGAAGCAAACCAGAGACUUGGAGACUAAAAAGCAAAUAACAGGUUUGCUGUGGAAUUUGUCCUCUAACAACAAACUCAAGAAUCUAAUGAUAACAGAAGCCUUGCUCACCCUAACUGAGAAUAUCAUCAUCCCUUUUUCGGGAUGGCCUGAAGGAGACUACCCCAAAGCAAAUGGUUUGCUCGAUUUUGAUAUAUUCUACAACGUCACCGGAUGCCUAAGAAACAUGAGUUCAGCUGGACCUGAUGGGAGGAAAGUCAUGAGAAAAUGUGAUGGACUCAUUGACUCACUGGUCCAUUAUGUCAGAGGAACCAUCGCAGAUUACCAGCCAGAUGACAAGGCCACAGAGAACUGUGUGUGCAUUCUCCAUAACCUCUCCUACCAGUUGGAGGCAGAGCUCCCGGAAAAGUAUUCACAGAAUAUCUAUAUUCAAAACCGGAAUAUCCAGACUGACAAUGACAAAAGUAUUGGAUGCUUUGGCAAUCGAAGCAGGAAAGUAAAAGAGCAAUGCCAGGACAUGCCGAUACCUGAGGAAAAGAGCAAUCCCAAGGGCGUGGAAUGGCUGUGGCACUCCAUUGUGAUAAGGAUGUAUUUGUCCUUGAUCGCCAAGAGUGUCCGAAACUAUACACAGGAAGCAUCUUUAGGAGCUCUCCAGAAUCUCACGGCAGGUAGUGGACCAAUGCCAACAUCAGUAGCUCAGACAGUUGUCCAGAAGGAAAAUGGCCUCCAGCAUACCCGAAAGAUGCUGCAUGUUGGUGACCCAAGUGUGAAAAAGACAGCUGUCUCCCUGCUGAGGAAUCUGUCUCGGAAUAUUUCUCUGCAGAAUGAAAUUGCCAAAGAAACACUACCUGAUUUGAUUUCCAUAAUUCCUGACACAGUCCCAAGUACUGACCUUCUCACUGAAACCACAGCCUCUGCCUGUUACACAUUGAACAAUAUAAUCCAAAAUAGUUACCAAAAUGCACGGGACCUUCUAAACACUGGAGGCCUGCAGAAAAUUAUGGCCAUCAGUUCAGGCGAUGGCCACGCCUCCAACAAAGCAAGUAAGGCUGCUUCUGUCCUCCUGUAUUCUCUGUGGGCUCACACAGAACUCCAUAAUGCCUACAAGAAGGCUCAGUUUAAGAAGACAGACUUUGUCAACAGCCGGACUGCCAAAGCCUACCACUCCCUUAAAGACUGAGGAAAAUGAAAAAGUACUCUCAGACGCAUCGGCCUCACCAUUCUCAGCUACAAAAAAGCCCCAAAGGAAAACACCUAUUUUUCUACUACCCAGCCCCGGAAACCUCAAAGAACAUGCCUUGUUUCUAUCCUUUUCUAUUUCCAUAGUCUCCAGAAUCCAGAAAACAAAUGAUUGGAACAGAAUGUUAUUAAUCUUCCAGAAGACUUUUGCAAGCUUGCCACCAGUAAACACUGACAACAGCCUCUGUUUAACCCUCUACAAAUAGUGGUCUUUGUGAUCAGGGCUUAUGGUGCAUGGCCUUCUGGAACCAAAAUGUGAGUUCUUGUGGAAUGGACACAAACAGGAUCAAUAAGGAAGGAAGUUUUUGUAUCACUAGGAUUUUAAAAGUUUGUCUUACAGUUCUAUUCCUUUUCUGGUUUCCAUGUUUUGCCCCUCAUGCAUAUUGCUUGACCAUUGGGCCACAAGUGUAUUUUUCUUCAGCAUUGAAACGAAAUGGAAAUGAUCAAUAUUUGCAGUUAUCCAGAAGAAAGCAUAAUGGCAAAAUGAUUUGUUUACUUUGCAAAAUGGUUUGUUUGUUUUCUUUGUGCUUGUUUUUAUCCCAUUGGGUU